AUGACAGAAGAUAUUUUAGGCGAUCAUAUGAAUACAGACGUAGAUAUUGUAAAUGAUGAUCUUAUCAGCCAAGAAUUUAAUUUUCUUGUUACAGGCCCAAAAUCAUCCAAUGAUCCUGCUAGUGACCAAGAAUUUAAUUUUUUUAUUACGAGCUCAAAAUCAUCUAAAGGAAAGCAAAAACAAUUAAGUGUCAAUUUUGAUGCACCAGAAUCCGGUUAUGAAGAUAAAGGUGCAGAAAUACCAUUUACAAACAUCGAUCAGGGAUUCUUUAUGAGAUAUCUAUUACUCUUGGUUGAUAGAAAUAUCUAUUCAGAAUUUCCAAAAUCUUUACAUAUGGCACAGAAAUUAUUUGGCUCUUUUUAUAAUAGUAACCAACAUAUUGAGCUGGAAUUACUCAAGAUUAUUCAAAAUCAUUCACGUCUUGAUGAGUUAUCAUUAUUUGUCAAUGAAAAUCAACACCUUUUAGAAUGUUUGCCUUAUAUUGCUCUUAAGGAAACAGUUGGUAGCCUCACAGCUAAUGAAGAUUUUAAUUUGAUGAAAUAUUCGAAAUUUUUAACAAUGUCAAAAAAUGUAAAGGAGAAAGCAGGAACAGAGUCAGAGCCUUUUUCAGAUGCACUUCUUAAACCAAUGAAGAGUGUGAAAUUGUCAUCAGAAAUAUUAGCAUUAUUG